UCUCGAGGUUUUCCAUUUUCUUGCAUUAAUGAGAGCUUAGUCUUCAUAACUGCUUGCAUAACCUGGAGUUGAAUUGCAGUGCUGCAUGGACAUUGGGUACAAGAAGCAGUUGCACAGUCCUGCCUCAUGAUAGAAGCACUGAUUGAAUGAAAGACUUGGUUUGAAAUGUAUUAUGCAUGCGUGAAUACAUACAUAUGUGCUUUCUUGCUUGCAUACACACACACACACACAUCACGGUAACAUUUCCAGCUCUGGGGUGAAAUUCUUUCCAAAUGUACAGCAUGUCAACUCUGGUUCCUGAUAUGUAUAGUUUUUAAUUCAUCUGUGGCUUGGCAGCACAGGUCACUGCUGUAAACAAACCUGGUAAUGGUACCUGUCCCAGCAUGGGAUACUCUGCUGUACAGUAGGUACUAACUGAGCCACUAGUGUGUUGGUUCCUGCUGCCCUCCUUGCUCUGCUGUGUGCAUCAGCCCAGUCAAUACAAGCUCUGGCCUCUUCCAGUUAAUGACAAUGCCACGGCACGCAUGCUGCACUUGUAGGUCUGGACAGGGCAGAAACCGUUAAGAUGUUUUUGAGCACUUUUUUUAAGUUAUAAAGAUGCAAGUAAGACGGCAGUUUUGAGUAAUUCCUGGUUUUUACCUUUGCUUCUCCUCUCAAUGGUCUGGUAAUUCAGCUCAGUUGUCACUGGUUUGGCUCAAAGUGCUCUGCAAUGUGAGAGCGUACAGUAACAACUGAAUCACCAGCUCGACUGCUGCAAACACGGAAUAAUAAACUGCAGACGAUUGGAUCUACCAAGAAACAAACAACAACAAAGAGAUCAAAAAGAAGAAUGCUCCCCCCCCUUUCCUUCAGUCUCUCCCAGUGCCUCGAGGGUUAAGAGGUUGCUGUAAUUGGCCCCACAGCUGCUCUCCUCUGACAGGGGAUAAUUCUGCAGCCUGUGCUUUGUGUGACAGCUGCCUAAUUGGGCAUUCUCCCCUUGCAGCGAGCCAGCCUGCCUGCCUGCCCCCACCUCCUCCUCCUCCUCCCUGCUGACGGAUGACGGUGGAUUAGAGAUGAGGACAGGGUGACCUGCUCGACCUUCUUUCUUUCCUUCCUGGGGAGUUGCAGGGGAGGAGCCUCCUGCAAGCUCGCUGCCUCAGGUCACUGCAAGAGGGGUUUGUGAGAAGGUGGAGAGUCAACCAGGUGGCGGAUGACAGUGUCACAUGACAGCAGCCUGAUGUCAAGGGCACCGCUAUUGGCAUGUGGUGAAUGUCCACUUCAGCAAAAGAAGGAAAAGGAAAAAAAAACGGAUCUGUGGGCUUGUGGAAGCACGCAGACCCUCUGAGCAGAUCCCAUCUCCGUGGAUUCGGUUUGGAGGGAUCCUUCUGCCACUCGCUGGAGCUGGAACACGUUAAUCACACAGCAUCAUGUGCUAAGGAUUAUCAGUGUACCCGGCUGCAAUUCACUCCUGCAGAAAAAUAAUAUAUAUAUAUAUAUAAAAAAAAAAUAAUAAAAAUGACAACUGGAUAGUCCACCACAGUUGUGUGCAGUGGAUUGUUCUAAGCUAGCAAAUACAUUCUUGUAUUUUUGUGACUUUAACAACCAGUUUUUUGUGUUGUUAUUUAAAUCGAGGUGAGGUGUCAUAUUGGAGAAUCCUGCUAUUGAACAUGACUCAUGGGGAAGAGCCUGGCUCUGAGAUGCACCAGGAUUCCGUUGUUUUAACUUACCUUGAAGGUUUACUAAUGCAUCAGGUAGAGGGGGGGUUAGGUGCCGCAGCUACGAGACGGUCAGAUGUUGGGCACAGCGUCCAGGACCAGAACAACAAGCCCGCCUCAAGCUAUCUUCUGCCGAGCCAUGGCUCCUGUCCGGAGGAAAGGCGCACGGGUCCCGGAAGCGGCACGCAACACCUCAAGAAAGCCAGGCUGCUGCAGUCCACUGAAGCCUGGAGUGCGCCCGAGAGGCACAGGCUGCCCGACCCCGCUGUAGAUCUGAACGGACAAAGCAGGGAACUGUUAACGGGAGCUCUGGGCGACUCUCCUAAAUGCAAACAGGAAAGCACGUUGCUCGCCUCCCUGCUCCAGUCGUUCAGCUCAAGGCUGCAGAGCGUGGCGCUGUCCCAACAGAUCAUGCAGAGCCUGCAGCAUCAAGGGUAUCCCCGGAGUGACGAGAGCGCCCCGGAUGAAGAGGAGGCCCUCGGCUGCUACGGAAUUGCAUCCAGCCGCUUGAAGGGCUUGAUGAAGAGGAAGAACAAAGUUCCGAGCCGGAGCAGCGUGCCUUACCGGCGGAGAAACAGUCAGGAGAGGGCUUCCGAAUCCCCUCAAGCCGCGCCGCCAGCUUCUGAGCCUCUGUCCUGUGCAGCGAGGCUGAAGGCAGUGGCCAGCCUGGUCGAGCACAGGUCCAGCCCUGCCGCUUCCCCGAAACCCAGCGUCGCCUGCAGCCAGCUGGCAUUGCUGCUGUCCAGCGAAGCCCACCUGCAGCAGUAUUCCCGGGAGCAGGCCCUAAAAUCCAAACUAGCCGUGCGGUCAGCCAGCGAGAGGCUUGCUGCCAUUGCCAGUCAGAAGCAGCAGGACAACACGCAGACACAGCUGCCCAAUUCAAGCCCUUUGAAUGGUCAAUGCGGUUCACUCCUCAAAAGCGCCGACUCGAGCAAACACAAUCCUACACCCAGUCCAGGACACAGCAGCUCCUCGAGGAACCCCAGUUCUUUGAGAGACAGAGGCUCCUUUGUGAAGCCCAGCCCCAGAGCAUCGCCAUACUGCAGCAGCUUGCUUUUGCAGCUUUUGAAUAACCACAACACGCAGAAGCAAGUUAAUGGCCACCGUGUGAUGGAGGGGAGUUAUCACGCCUUUCCAAACCACAGUUCACCGGCGCUGCGAUCCGCCCGCGAAUAUUCGAAUCAGGACAACAGUCUGACCGAAGACAGCAGUGAUGCGGAAAGCUUUCAUUCACGCUGCUCCCCGAUAGACCUUUCCUUGAGAGCCAGGGCAAGCCGUCCAAGCUUCGGUUCAGCAGGUUCCUUGGAGACGUUGACAGAGUCCCUGAUAAGUAACUGGAACCCAGAGACCCCUCGGCUUCAUACCCCGGAAACCAGACCUCGAGAAAAUGCUUCAGUUACAAAACCUUAUCAGAAAGUGACUCUUCUGCAGUUGCUCCUGGAUCAUAAAAACAAUGAAAAGACGGACAUGAGUUCAGAUAAGCGAGAGCUGCAGAAAGGUUUCAGCCCUGAGCAUCGCAGCGCACCAGCUGAGAGCGUGAUUCCGGUCAGAAAGUGCGAGGAGUCGAUGAAAAGAAGCUCCCCAGAUGCGCUGAAUUUUGGGAAAGUCGAAACCUUACCUAAAUUCCAUCAUUCUCAAGAAGCUGCUGUUGUUGCUUCAUCUCCGUCUGCAUCUCUGUACAGCUUGAGACCACCUUCCAGGAUGCAGGGUAUCCCAGCACCAACUCCUCUGUUGGAUCUGAGGAAGAGCAGUAAUGAUAAUACUAGCGCCGGUGGAGCGGGAGCAUCCCCUCAUGAGGCCGCACAGGAAGCAUCGUUUAGCGCUAGCAAGUUGUUGCAAAACUUAGCUCAGUGUGGAUUACAAAACUCAGCCCAGUCUCUUUUUCCAUCACAACCUUCAGUGCUUGCCAAUAAAAGGCAGACAUUCGAAAUGAAAGCGGACAAGCCCGUGGCUUUGCUGGAAAGGCUCAGCGCCCCUGUUACACGGAAUACAAGCCCUGUUUUAGAAGAAGCCAGCAUGAAUAUGAGAAAGCCAGCUUCUCUGGCAGAAUCUUGCGUAGCCUCUCGUUCAGAAAUAGAGAACCUGCUGGAAAGACGCUCCGUCCUGCAGCUUCUCAUGGGAACGGGCGACAGCAAAGAAAAGACUCUGUUUAAACGUAAAAGAUCCGCAAGCAAGGUGGGCUUACCAGAGAGGCAGCCCAGCCAAUCUUACAGCAGCGGAGACUUAAUAGAACCCGUGCUGCAGGUGAAAAUAAAGACUGAACCCAAAGAGGAGACCAGCACGUCCGAGUAUGAAUGUGAAGCAGAUACAAGCCAGUCUGAAGAAAGAAGUGAAAAACAACACAGCCCUGUCCCUCUCCCGGUCUCUGCUCCACCCAGAGACAUGAAGCAGGAACCUGGCACUAUAGCUCAGGAACCCAUCCCUAGGGAUGGCCUAUUGAGCCAGCUGUUGAAACAGCCGCCCAGUGCUUACCAUGCAAAUAAACACACUGGUGGGAAUAUGAACAAUCUGAAAGAAACGCAAACGCUGAAUCAAGGAACAGUCGUCCCCAAAAAGAGAAAGCUCUGCCUCUCUUCUGAAGAGCACUUUCUCAGCCCAGUCCGGAUGGAGGUUUCCAAUGAGCAGCACACCUCUUCGAUGGAGCCCCUCUGCAAGCCCUCGGAGAAGCGGCUCUCCCGCGAUACUGGGACCCAGGUGGAGGUUGAGGCUGUCGGUCACGUUGGAUGUUCAGCCAGCGAGUCUCCUGGGUGUGCUAAAGACGGUAAAGACUUCAACGUGCUGAAGCAGUUGCUCCUUUCCGAUAACUGCCUGAAAGAUUUGUCCCAGCCGAGAGGUACAGCCAGCUCGUCGGUUCUGCAGAAUGACUGCAAGCCCAAUGGAAGAUUGAAAUACAGUCCUGAAACCAGCAGCUUUCAGCGUAAUCUCAGUCUGCCAGCAUCGGGCCCUCUAGACCUCAAGAUCUCCCAGUCUGCACCCGUCGGAAGCAGCCCGAGGAGCGGCUCUCCUUGGGGGGGCCAUGUGGCAAGACAAGAAUCGCCACAACUGAACCUCGUCCCUGUCAACAGUGAGGCAGAGGGCCCUAUUAGAUGGGUAAUCCGGGGGGAUGAUAAGUGCGAUGUGAACAAAGAUUACCCCAGACUGACCAAGUCCAACCCCAUACUUUACUACAUGCUCCAGAAAGGCAACUCCAGCCUCAGCAAAGAGGGAAAGCAGAGGAGAGCUCAGGUAGUCUGUCCGUCUGAGCCGGUACAGUAUGGACUGCAUGUUCAAAUUAAACAGGAGCCCACAUCUGAAGAGGAAUCUUACAACCACGGACUGAACCUGAAACGCUACGCGCAGUCCAGGCUGCAUAAAAAUCACAACGGAGGACUGAGUGAUAUAUUGGAAAAAGUGCCGGCAGUCAAGACAGAGUCUGACUAAUGUUAGACACAAGUAACCAGACAAACUCAGAGAGCAAAUGACAUGUCAAGAGGAGCACUGUUGAUUUCCAAUCUGUUGGAUGUGUAUAUAUUUUGUAUUCUUGUACAUGUGAUACUGGUAUGCCUUGAUGUUUUGAAUUUGCAGAGUAAGAAAAGCAGUCUGAAGGGAGGUGCUUGGAACCUACAUCCAUGUUGGUAAAGCAUGUAGUGCGUAUCCUGUAUCCCAGUCCUGUGCAUCACUGUCCUGCCUAAUGCUUUAUGAAUAUGAAUACAACUGACCUACCCAGUUUUUUGUACUAAUUGGUGAAGCGUAAUGUCAUUGCUUAGUCAAUUUUUUCUUCUUUAUUUAUAUCUGAAGUGAAACCACCUGUAAAUGAGAUGUAACGAUGGUAGCAGUUGUAGUAAUACAUCUUCCACCCCAUAUACAAGCUCACCCUAGUAAAAGUAUAGCAAAGUGAAAGCAUGGUCAAGCUUAAGCAUUGUAAACAGUAGCGAGGUAUGGUAAAGCAUAUUCAUACACAUUUCAAACCAGGGUAACCAAUGGUUAAAGCAUGGGAAAACUGCAAAAAUACCUUGUUAAACUUUUCUAAGGGACACUGGAUUUCAGCAGCAUUCAAAUCCAGGUCUGUGCUGUAAUCCAGUGCCUCCAGUAGUUCCAGGUUCUUUCUGGGAAGGUUGCUGGCUUUGUGAGCUUGUUUCCUGGGCAGUUGUUGAUUGCACAUUGCUGCCGCUGUUCAGAUCUGUUGUUUUCUUACUCCCAGUUUAAACGUAUGUUUUUAGUGAAGCAUCUUUAAUGAUUUGGUAAUGACGGCAGACCUCGGGUCUAUGUGCAUGAUAAACCUGUUUGGAAGGUCUGUGUUUCAGUACACCUUUGGUUCAGCUACUCAUCUUCCCUGCCAGAACUCCCUGUGUUUGAGGUUUCUAAUUCUGUUAAUUCUCCUGAAAAACCAGCAUGAUACCUGGAUGCAUAUUUAAAGACAAUAUUCCCCUCUGAAAGGGUGGGGUCCUUACCAGUGGUUCUGCUUGUUGCCUCUUGUGAUAUCACUGUAGUGUCAGUGCUAAUCCCUAGACUAUUAGUGAACUUGAGAGGGAACAUGCCGUUCACUCGGAGCAGAAACAUGCCUGUUCUCCUAGGGUGAUCAAAGAUUGGGUUAGUUUUGAGACUGGCUAGGUGUUUCUGAGUUUAAAAGCAUGUCUAGACUGUGAAGAGGGUUUGGUUUUUUAAUUUAACAUUGUAUAAAAAAAUUAUUAUUAUUAUUAUUUUAAAGUUUUGGUUGAGUGUGUGUGUGUGUUUUUUCUUUGAAAGAAAUCGCAUGUGGAACGGUGUUGUGUAAUUCAGACCCUCCAGAAUGUAAACCCCUCAUGCUAAAAUGGAACUGUCGCUCUCUACAAAGAAGAAUUUCAGAUAAAUGAAGGUCAGCUUGUUUUUUUUUUUUGGAUGUUUGCUUCUUAGCUAAAGACUGCAUGAGCAAUGUCAAGGUGACCUAGACUUUUUUUUAAAACAACCCUCUGUUACCUAAAGUGAAAAUCUGACUAGAAAAAGAGUCUUUCAUUAAAAUAAAUGAAAUGGCACAUUCUGUAUGCAAACCCCCCAACAUUGCAAGUAAAGGUGCUGAAACACAUUUAGAAUUGCUUUGACUGAUGAAAUGUAUCUUGCUUAUUUUUGUAUUUAUUUUUAUGGACUAGCUUAAAGCUAGGACUGCACCACAGCUGAUUUGCAUUGGGUGAAGGUAACGCAGUUGCCCUCUAUAUGAUUGCAGGCAAAUGAAAUGAACAGUUUCACCAGCAGCACGUUGCCAGGUGUUGCUUUACCCUGUUGAAAAGCCAUUCAGAUACCAUGUGGCUACCCCUCCGUGUUGUACCGCAUGUGUCGUUGCUGUGAUUGAGGGUGUAAUGGCUAAUAAAGCCCGUCGCUGGUGUCCUGUGAAGUCCUGUAACGCCCGGGUGUACAGAGAGGAGCAGUGAAGUGUUCAGAUCUCUUUUAACCCAUUCAGCACCGAGGAGCUUCGGGGAGAGCUAGCUGGGAUAUUGUCGGUGUCUUCAUGCUCACAACCAUGAGACAAGAUCCACAAUGGCCAUGCAUCACACAACACUGCCCACUGUGCAUCCCGACUGCUUGCUGCAGUAAUGAACUGUGUGGAUACAAAGAGCACUGCUCCGUGAGGAGGAUUCGGUUCUGGGGGUGGUCCCUCGAAGUCGGUUUGCCAGCACUUGCAGUUGGUGACACCGGAUUGGUUUUGGUAAAUGCUGUAUUGGUAUUAUUCGGCUAUUUUUAUUUAUUUAUUUAAUCAAAAAGGCAACCACUGGAGGGUCUGAUUUGGUACUGUUUAUCACACACAGCUUCAAGUCUUAAGUGUGAAAUAUUUUAGCUUGUUUUUAGUGUCGAGUAUCGAGUGAUUUUUUUUUAUUAAGAAACUGUAUUUGUGUAAAUAGUACUUUCAUUAUGAAAGAUAGCUAUUUUGUAUUGUUCAAAGAAAAAAAAUUACUAGUUUUAAACCUCCUUCUGUAAUGUAAAUUCUGUGUAAAAUUGUACAUAACGAGCCUGGGGUGAACCUGUUUCUUUUGCAUGUGUCUAUAUAUGUGGUAAGCUUAUGAUAAUCUUUAUGUCUGAUGCUCGUGCAGCCUGUUGCAUGGAAAAGCAUGGGGGGGACCGGGACCCUGAGCAUUAAAGCUGGAUGCUGGGGCUGUGUGGAAAGUCUUAAUUGGUCUCUAAUCAUGACUCCUGAUGUGAUCAGCAACAAAAAAGUGUGUGUGUGUGUG